GCUAAGUCCAAAGAUGAAAAUUUCCAGAAGCAUUCCACUUCAGAUGUGAAAAAAAUGUCUUCGCCUAACGAUUUUCCGGAUGAAGAAAAUUUGAAAUCGAUUGCGUUGAAUCUUUUAACAAAAUCAUCCGUCUAUGCAGUAGCCCAACUCGUAUCAUCUAAUGGAAGUAGUCGAAAAAUUUUGUGGUUCGUAGUUCUUCUGGUGGGAAUAUUGGGUUGCUCUUAUGAAGUAUAUCGUUUUUUGACUCUAUAUUUCCAAUAUCCCGUUGUAAUCACCUUGGAAGUACAAAAUACUUGGAAACAAAACUUUCCAGCUGUGACUGUUUGCAAUUUAAACAGAAUACCUGUGUUCUAUUACGAUUGUCUGCUUAACCAAAACAAGUCAGUGGAAGAAUGUAUGGAUUAUUGUACAAGUAGGGGUGGAUAUCGUUCAGAGGAAACAUUUCGUCCCGUUCUCCCUUCAGCUAUAAAAAGAUAUGCUUCCUGCUCUAGUAAUUUUGAUGGAGUAUUCAGCAAGGAACGCUCUCAGUCUUUGCAAUUUCUGAAUCGUUAUUUGAGUUUAUCGAAGGAACAAAGAAGCAAGUUGGGACACCAAUCAGAAAACUUCAUUAAAACUUGCACCUUCAAUGGAGAAUCUUGCUCAAUCAGUAACUUCUCCAACUUCUUGAGUAUUGAAUUUGGAAAUUGUUUUACAUUCAAUGGAAAUUACGAAACCAAAGGAAAAACUCUACAGACACCUUAUAUUGGCCCAAACAGUGGAUUAGAAUUAACUCUGAAUUUAGAGGUUCAGGAUUAUAGUCCUAUAACACCAAGUAUUGGAGCACGAGUUGUUAUUCAUAAAUCAGAAUCCCAACCAAAUCCUGAGGACUACGGCAUCAACAUAAAUCCUGGAUCUGAAACAUCAGUAGCAAUCAGACAGACUUCCAUAUACCGUUUACCUCACCCAUAUAGAGACAAAUGCAGAAAUUAUGAAGAACAAGACUCAAUUUCUCCAAAGGAUCAAGAAGAUUGUAUUCGAAAAUGCAUGCAAAGUGCAAACUUACGCCGUUGUGGCUGUGUGGAUCCUUUUCUACCAUCGGAGCAAUCGUUUGACCUUUGUGACAUACAAAACCAGACAUCAGUAUGCUGUUUGGAUGAAGUUAUGAAAUCUCUUAGUAAAGAUGAUCCUCCUUGUCCAUGCCCUUUACCCUGCGAAUCUACGCGCUAUGAGAUGACUAUAUCAACAGCAUUAUGGCCAGCACGGAGUUUUUAUAAAGUGUUCCUGAAAACUGAAGAAGUUCCCAUGCCCAAUCCCUGUGAAAACGUCACUCGUAAAAAAGAGAAGGACGAUUCUAUUGAUAAAGCAGAUUCUUGGAGUAGACCGGAAGGACAACGAACACUUAGAAGACCUGUGAUCUUCCAACGUGGUAGAUAUAGAACAGCAACAAAUUGCACGGACAGGUGCAUCGAUGAAGAAGAACAAGAAUAUUUAACAAAAAAAAGUCGAAUAGCAAAGUUAAAAGUGUUCUACCAGACUCUUGAAAAAAGCUUUUACAAACAAGAACCUAUGUUCCAGGAAUCAGAAUUAUUUAGUCAACUUGGAGGCCAAAUGGGACUGUGGCUAGGUAUAUCUCUCGUGGCGUUAUUCGAAUGCAUCGAAAAUAUUUCUCACAUUCUACAUUACUGCAUAAAACGAUCCGGACUGAAAAAGAAGAGGGUAGACAACUAUUGUUUGCAACCAGAAAGGUCUGUUAGAGUCUGAAUAUAGGCACAACUACCUCAAUAUUAUCCACUACUGACAAGUUUUAAAAAAUCCAAGAUAGUCAUAGUUCUUCA